CAUGGGUCGUCGCAAGAUCUCGAUCGCGCCCAUCAAGGACGACCGCAACCGCCAGGUUACCUUUCUCAAGCGCAAGAAUGGCCUGUUCAAGAAGGCGUACGAGCUCGGCGUCCUGUGCUCGGCCGAUGUCGCCGUCGUCGUCUUCAACGCCAACGGCAAGCUGUUCGAGUUCCAUUCGGGCGACAUGGACCAGAUCCUGUUGCGCUACUCGCACUACGCCGGCCCAGCUCACGAGAAGCGCGGUCCUGACGACUACAUGAACAAGGACCUCGACGUCGCCACCAAGAGCGGGACGGGCGGCAAGAUGACGAGCCUGUCGGACGAGGACGGCUCGGACGACGACGAGGACGACAAGCCGCGCGUCGCGACGGGCAGCUCGGGCGUCCGCGCCAUCCCGCAGACGAGCAAGGGCAAGCAGGCGAUCCGGGCCCAGGCCGAGCGCAAGGCCAAGGGCGUCGAGGCGGCGCGCAGCCAGAGCGUCGACGAGGGCACGCGGUCCGAGUCGCGCGCGAGCUCGUUCUCGGGCCCAUCGGGCCAGUACCUUCCGCAGCCGCCCGAGCACCACCACCAGCACCAGCACGACGGCGGCGGCGCAGGUCCGCAGGUGCCGCACGACCCGUCGCAGCACAACGGCUUCGCGCCCUCGGGCGCCCUCCCCUUCCCGUUCGCCGGCAUGCCCAACCUCGCUCCCGGGCCCAACGGCCUCCCGAACCUCGCCGGCCAGCUCUUCCCCUUCAGCCCCGGCGCCGGCAUGCCCUCGUUUCCCGGCUUUCCCGCCGGCCUCCCGCCCAACUUUCCCUUCGCGAUGCCGGCACCGUUCGGCUUUCCUCCUCAGCAGCAGCAGGCGCAGCACUCGCCGCAGCACCAGCACAUGAACGGCACGAGCGCGUCUCCUCACGCCUCGAACGGCGUGCCGGCGUGGUUCGGCGCGCUCAACCCGGGCGCCGCAGGGCAUGGCCAGCCUCCGGCGCCGCACCUGCAGCUCCUGCAGCAGCUCGGUAUGCCCGGCUGGCCCGGAGCGUCGAUGGCGGACCCGGCGGCGGCGAUGCAGGCGUUCCAGCAGCAGCAGCAGCACCUCCAGCAGCAGCACGAGGCGAGCCAGCGCGACCAGCAGCAGGCGCCGCCGCCCCAGUUCUCGUCGCCGUUUGGCCCGCCGUACCACAUGCAGCAGCAGAACCACCAGCAGCAGGAGCUCGACGCGUCGCCGUCGUCGCACCCUCGGCCCGCGCCAAUGUACGGCACGCCGGCCGCCAUGCCCCCUCCUCCUCAGCCUCAGCCCCACCACGGCACGCCGUCCCUCCCGACCUACCCUCCUGCGACGCCUGGCUCCUCGGCCGGCGGCGCCGGUCCCGACGCGCCAUCCUCGCGCCCGGGCAGCGUCACCUCGAUGCACUCGCACGCGCGGUCGCACCACUCGCCGGCGCCUCAGGCCUCGGGCGCCUCGCACGCGAGCCCGCACGUCGAUGCGUGGCAGAACAAGCCGCGCCUGUCGGUCGCGAUCCCGGCCGAGAGCGGCGCAAAGGAGGGGACCAAACCCGGGCUCGUCACGGCCGGCGGGGCGUCCAUCCUCGGCGCCGGGUUCGGGUACGGCGGGCGCAACGGCGCAGGCGAGGCGGCGCGCGAGCACGAGGACGAGCGUCGAGAGGGAGCAGGCGGCGAUGGCGAGCAGGACGACGCGAGCGUGCCCAAGUCGGCCUUUGCCGCCGACCUCCUGCCCUCGCCGUUCUACCCGAAUCAGAACCCGGGCGCGUCCUCAUCGUCGUCGUACGGCUUCAUGGGCAACUAUGGCCAACCCGCCUCGACGUCGUCGCAGCACUUCCAGUGGCCGACCGCGCCGCCGCCUUCUCAGGCCGAAGGAGGAGCGCCGGCGCCGCCGCUCGGACCAGACGAGGCGCCCGAUCUCGUCCGCCGCGGCAGCUUCUCGGACCUGACGAGCGCGGCGGCCGCGGCGCAGGCGGGCGAGGGCGAGGGGACUGGCGGCGUGGACGAGGCGCGCGAGGGAGAAGGAGGUCGAGGGACGAAGCGCGGGAAGGAGGCCGACGAGGAGGUGGCAGAGGAGGAGCUCGGCGUCGCGAGGGGCAGGAAACGUCGAGGCUGAUGGACGAGCCUUGACGGUGCGCGCGUUGCUGUGCUGGCGAGGAGGGCGCCGUCUUGCAUACCCCUUUCCUUCCCUCUCUCUCUGCUCUCCUCUCGUACAGACACUCUCGCUUCUCUUGUGAUUCUCUAGACACGCCGCAGUAAUUCAAUUGUCGUCUCCUCGUC